ACUUCUAUGGAGUUAGAGAGAAAUGCAAAAUGGAUUUGGUUUUGUCUCUCAUCAUUACCAUUUCCCUGGUUCUCCCUUUUACUGGGAGAUGCAACCAUGUCUACAGCAGGAGUGAUUUCCCUGAGGGCUUCUCUUUCGGAUCCGGUGCUUCUUCUUAUCAGUGGGAAGGGGCGGCUGAUGAAGACGGGAGAACGCCGAGCAUCUGGGAUACUUACGUUCACUCUCGUAACUUAGAUAAUGGAGACAUAGCAUGUGAUGGCUAUCACAAGUACAAGGAAGAUGUGCAGCUCAUGGUGGAAACUGGCUUAGAUGCCUUCAAAUUCUCCAUCUCUUGGUCUAGGCUUAUACCAAAUGGAAGAGGCCCUGUUAACCCAAAGGGUCUCCAGUUCUACAAAAACUUCAUCCAACAACUUGUAACUCACGGAAUUGAACCACAUGUUACACUGUACCACUACGAUCAUCCCCAGGCUCUUGAGGAUGAAUAUGGAGGAUGGCUCAACCGCACUAUCAUUAAAGACUUUACUGCUUUCGCAGACGUUUGCUUCAGAGAGUUUGGGAGUCACGUUAAAUUCUGGACCACGAUCAAUGAGGCUAAUAUAUUCACCAUUGGAGGUUACAACGAUGGUAUAACACCGCCUGGUCGAUGUUCCAGAAACUGCUUGUCAGGGAACUCUUCGUCUGAACCGUACAUAGUAAGCCAUAACUUGCUUCUUGCACACGCCUCGGUUUCAAGAUUGUAUCGUCAAAAGUACAAGGGUAUGCAGGGAGGUUCCGUCGGCUUUGGCUUAUUUGCAAUAGGGUUUUCUCCUUCUACAAGCUCCAAGGAUGAUGAAAUUGCAACUCAAAGAGCCAGAGAUUUCUACUUAGGCUGGACGCUAGGGCCUCUUGUAUACGGAGACUAUCCAUACGUAAUGAGAAGAACCAUUGGAUCAAGACUGCCAUAUUUCUCAGAGGAAGAAUCAGAAUUAGUAAAAGGCUCCUCUGACUUUGUAGGAAUAACUCACUACACUGCAGCUAUUGUCACAAACGUCAAACCUUAUUUUUCAGGAUACUCAGAUUUCUACUCAGACACUGGCAUAACUUUGACGUACCUUUGUAAUGACUCAUCUACUGGGUUGCUUUUGGACACAUGUGAUGAUACUCCAUGGGCUAUGGAAGGUGUCCUGGAGUAUAUAAAGCAAAGCUAUGGCAAUCCUCCUGUCUACAUUCUGGAGAAUGGUAAACCGAUUAAGGGGGAUUUUCAGCUGCAAGAGAAGGACACACCAAGGAUCGAGUACUUACAGGUUUACAUUGCUGCUGUGCUCAAAGCCGUUAGGAAUGGUUCUGACACGAGAGGCUACUUUAUAUGGUCAUUGAUGGAUUUGUACGAGUUACUUGACGGAUACGGUUCUAGCUUUGGGUUGUACUAUGUGAAUUUCACCGAUCCUCAUCUCACAAGAUCUCCAAAACUCUCUGCUCAUUGGUACUCAGCUUUUCUCAAGGGCGAGACCACAGUUCUUGGUUCUCAUGGCAUCGCGCAAUUGCAAAUCAACUUCUCUUCUUCCUCUUUUUAAUGUUGCCUUUAUAUAUUCUGAUUUGGAUCCUACCCGGAUUAAUGCUUUGGCACUUUGUAGCGUUUUGACCAAGUCACAUGACUAAAUCUUGGUAGAUUAAGACAUUUACUUUGUUCUCUAAUGGCUUUCUUACAGUUUACGUUUACAA